AAUAACAUUUUUAUAAAAAAAAAUGGCGGAGAAUACAGAGUCUUCGAGUGCAAAACCUGUCCGUCGCCGUUCUCAUUAUCUACCGACGAUGAUUUCAGCGCAUCCGUUAAAGACGACGACAUUCCCAGGAGUGAUGUGAAGGAAUUGUCGGAACAAAAAGAGCAGCUGACUGCAAAAGUGUCCACAGGGUUACCAGAGGUCGAAGAUGUCGAUUUAUUCAUCGACUUGCCGGGUAAGCGAGGGGAGGGAAAAGCCAAGCGAUUCUGGACAGAGUUACGCACCAAGUCUGCGUUCACCUUCACCCUGGCAGCAGCCCUCAUCUUGCUCACGCACAUUAACUUGGUGGUUUUCAUUGUCACACAGAUCACUACCCUGGAGCGUCAGUUCGGCCUGACCUCUGCCCAGUCGGGUCAGAUAUUCGCAGCCAAUGAGAUCGGGUACCUGACCCUGACCUUACCCGCCAGCCACUUUGCCGCGCGGUGGCACGUGCCGCGUGCCCUAUUCGUCUCCGCCGUCGUGUUGGGCGUCAGCGGGGCCAUGUGUGGCCUGCCCCACUUCCUGUUCCCAGAGUCAGAGAUCGGCCCCAACAUCAGCACCAUCCACUCAGCUGCUAAGAUCCUACCCGCCUUCUGCGUCCCUGUGAACGGAACAGACGGGUCGCUGGAGCAGAUGCAACGAUGUCACUCUUUGUCUGAGGUUCACAGUACAAACCAGACGGUGUCAUCUGCAGAACCAGGAGGAGGGCUAGUGUACAGUGAAUCCGCUUAUCCAGUGCUUGUGUACAUUAUAAUAUUUCAGGUGAUCCGGGGAAUGUUCGGAUCCCCGCGGAUGGCCAUGAUCACGACCUACCUGGACGACAAUUGCAAGAAAUCCGACACUGGCUUCUACAUGGGAAUACUUGCUGCUGUAGCGAUGCUUGGGCCAGCAGUAGCUUUCAUCGGAGGAGGUGCAAUCAGCAAACUCCAUGUUUCUCUUCAACCAACAUCUUUGACCCCCGAGCAUCCUGACUGGGUGGGAGCUUGGUGGCUAGGCUUCUUGGUCUUCGGUCUGCUGGCUGCAGUCGUCCCUCUGCCCCUGUUGGCGUUUCCACGACGACUGUCGCCUGGUCCUCCCAGACACGAAAACAGCAAAGAAUCAGGACGAAUUUUGACAGGACACAGAGUUUUACAAGGAGCUUUAAGUGAAAUGAAAGCUUUUGUCAGGUCCAUGGCAGGUCUCGCGUCCAACCCAGUUUUCUUGUGCAUCGUUUUGUCCUCCUGCUUCGCCUCUUUUUCCAUGAACGGCCUCUACCGCUUCAUGCCCAAAAUAUUGGAGGAACAGUUCCAGCUGCCAGCAUGGAAGGCCAACUUUAUUAUGGGCGGUGCGGAACUGUUGAUGGGCACGAGUGGUUUUUUCGUCGGGGGUAUAAUGACUCGCCGUCUGAAGCCCUCUCUGUUGGGGCUUUUCAAAAUCGUCAUCAUCAUCCUCUUCGUCAGCAUCCUGCUUGUGUGCGCUCAGCUGUCGAUCGGGUGCCCCGAGCCCACCCUCAUCGGAGAACCAGGGACAGAUGCUGGAAACUCCAACUUAAGCGCCUGUGUGGCAUCCUGCUCUUGCCCGGAUGAGGUAGCUCCAGUGUGUGGUGACGGGGCCAGCUAUUUCUCUCCUUGUCAUGCAGGGUGUUCUGAUCAAGAAAAUGGGGUUUAUGUCAACUGUACGUGCGUACCAUCAGGACGGUCCACGCCGGGACUGUGUCAGUCUGAAUGUACUUCUGUAUAUCCUUUUGCCGUCAUCUUUUACGUGUUGCUCUUCAUUCUUUCUGUCAGCGGCCCUCACGAUUUUCUUCGGACCAUUAGAGCGGUGCCAGAACACCAAAGAGCACUGGCAGUGGGUACCAACGGAUUCGCUGCAAGUUUGUCGGGGUUUUUGAUCGGUCCUCUGGUCUAUGGCCGUCUCAUCGACACGUUUUGCCAGCACUGGAGGUCGCCAUGCGGGGCCACAGGAGCGUGCUCGGUGUACAACCUUCAACGCUUUCGGGUCAACCUCCACCUCUACACAGUCGCCGCCAUGAUCCUGGGGUUGUUGCUGGAUGUGGUGGGGUUCUUGAUACUAAAGUACGGCAAGCGAUUCGUGCCAUCAGAAGUUCUGCACGCCAACACCGAGCCUAAGCCUGACGCCGUUGCCAUGCCAACGAACAUAAAUGCCGACACUAAUGAUCAUAUGGAGAAUUCUGGUGCAGAAUUUCACCAGGAUUCUAACGCAGCAGAAGAGGGCCUCGAAAUGCUGCCAAAGAACACUCCAGGUGAAAACCGGAAAUUUUGAUUAGGCCUUUCUUUCCUUAGGUUUUUAUUUAUUUAUUUAUUUUUUUUUUUUUGGAAACGUUUCCCGAUUCUGCUCGUGCCUAUAUGAAGAUGAAUAGCGAGGCUGAUUUCACGAUCACAGUAUAAAAAUGUUGUUAUCUAGAGAGGAAUAAACUACCGUCCCGUCAGGUCUGCGUGCUUGGAAACUGAUCGGAACUUCGUAUCCGAUGGUAUGAAACGUUUCCAGAAGUUUUAUAUCGACAGCAACAAUAAACUGAAUGUUUAGCCUUAGUUGAAAGCAGCAAGUUACGAUGUUUUGGAUCAGCCAAGAGCUAGUUGUUUGACCAGAAAAUAUUAACACACGUACUACAGUCCUCCUAGCGUCCUCUUUGAACUCUCUGCGUGUGAGAGCUGAAAACAACAAACUUGUGAAGAUAUGAGUAGAGAAAAAAAAAAGUCAAAACAAGCUCUGCACUCAAUGCUCAUAACCCAUAAAGACUCAAAAUGUU